UUUUAUAGAAAUAAAAUGACUUAAUUCAGUUACCUGCCGAUAGAACAAUUUAAAGAGAAAACUUUGUGUUACAUCGUGUGUGUGUGUGUGUGUGUGUGUGUGUGUGUGUGUGUGUGUGUGUGUGUGUGUGUGUGUGUGUGUGUGUGUGUGUGUGUGUGUGCUUUAUAACCACUACUGAAGACGAUAUUGGGCUGCUCCCCCAAAAAAAGCUGUGUGUGUUUGAGCAUUAAUGCAUUAACAUUAACAGCAAAUACUCAUUAUCCUCAUUUUCAACCCUUUGUGAGGACGUGUUUUGACCAGUGAAAUAAGUGUGUGUGUGUGUGUGUGUGUGUGUGUGUGUGUGUGUGUGUGUGUGUGUGUGUGUGUGUGUGUGUGUGUGUGUGUGCGCGCAUAUUUGUAGUCCAUUGUAAACCCAAAUUUGACUGUGCUCUAUAAAAAUUGUGUGGGCCUGAGCAUGUUCCCAUAAUGUAAGUAAUACACGGCCAUCACCAAGAAACCCCCCCCCCCAUCUCUCUCUCUGUCUCUCUGUCUGUUUCUCUCUGUCUCUCUCUCUCACUCUCUCUCUCUCUCUGUCUCUGUCUGUUUCUCUCUCUCUGUCUCUCUCUCUGUCUGUUUCUCUCUCUUUCUCUCAUCUGUUUGUGUACCAGAUCAACAGGUUAACACCUUGAGCCUCCUGGGUUCUAGUGUGGAACAAGAUAACGCUUAUGUUCAUAACACAAUGUCUGGAGCUAAUAGUGAUCACCUACACCGGUCCACUCUAAGCAUCUAUUCACAUUUGAUGGAACAGUUUAACCCUGGCCUGCAACAGCUGGUCACUUUAGGUAACAGCUAUGUGAAAGCUUUUCAAGCAUUGGCACUGACAAGUGAGGCCUACUUUAGUGCACUAGCAAAGAUGGGAGAACAGGCUCUCCACACACUCUCAUCCCGCUCGCUUGGUGAUGUGUUAAUCCAGAUCUCAGAGACCCAGAGGAAGCUUACAGCAGAAGUGGAGGGAGUGUUCUGCUGGUUCCAAGUGGAGGUGUUGCAGGCUCUGGAUAAGAAUGUCAGGCUCGAUGAGGAGUACAUCGGCGGCAGCAGGAGAGUGUAUGAAUUGGAAGUAAGAAAUCAGGCGACGAAUCUGGAAAGGCAGCUGAGACGAGGAACAUACAGAGACUCUUUGGAGGGCAGUGAGUACAUGCAAUAUUUGAGGCAGAGCCAGUACGAGAUCCUGAAAGAAGAGGAGCGAAGAUAUCGUUUUCUCACAGAGAAACAUUGUGGAUUAGCACAGUCUCUGCUUUUCCUCCUCAACAAGACAGGGGCGUCUCUUCAGCAGAAAGCUGAGGGAUGGAAGGAGCGAGUGAACGAGAGUCAGAGCUCCAGGUCACGCACGCCCACGCCGUUAGAACAAGACACACACUUGAGGGCCGCAGUGAGUUCUCUACUCCAGCCUGGAGACAGGGACGAGGGUUGGUCUGGGCAAGACCACCAGUUGGGAAGGGUGCCUUCUAGAGCUCCGUCUCCCCUCCAGACACGCUCUCGUUCCGGCUCAGUGAGCGAGUCCACGGCCGUCAGCGGAGGUCAAUCAGUCAGAGCGCUUGUCUCCCACCCUGCCUCCUCAAACCCCGUGCUGCUCCCGUUUUCUCGGGGUGACACGGUUACUCUGCUCGUGCCUGAGCCACGCAAUGGCUGGAUGUAUGGUCGUCAUGAUGCCAGCCUACGGCAAGGCUGGUUUCCUGCAUCCUACGUUGCUCCCGUAGAAGAUCUCUCCUCCUUGAGCUCCAGCGGUUCGUUGCUCCGGAACCACAGCAUAAACAACCUCCUGGACCCGACAAGCCAAUCAGAAUCCAUUGAUAAUAGAAACUACGGCGAGAUUCCGCCUCCGGCUCCACCCCUUCCCAGAGGUGACCUACGUACCGCCUCCCCGCUUCUGGAAAGGAAGGCGGAGUCUGUGUAUGAAGUGAAGGCGGGUCAGUGCUACAGCGAGAUCCCGGCGCCGGUGCCACCUGUUCGGAGAGCGUCAGGUGAUUUCCGGCCGGUCUCGCCGCUCCUCGACAGGAGGGCGGAGUCACACUUUGAGAGCAUGACUGGUUACUCCAUUCCUGAGAGAAAGGCAGAGCCAAACGUAGAGAGACCGAAUCCUCACAGGCAGGUUCCAGAGCAUCCUCUCUUUCCCAGGGGAUCGAAUCCUUUUGCCACGGUGAAGCUCCGCCCCACGGUGACCAAUGACAGAUCGGCACCGAGAAUCCACUGACCAAUAGGAGCAGCAGACGAAAAAAAGCUCACUCUGAUUGGCUCUGAGUCUUUACCACAACAUGAUGAGCUUUGGAGUAACAGAAAUCUGAGCAUUUAAAUAGGAGAUGAGACACAACAUUAUAUUUGGGAUUGUUCUUCCAAUUUCAUAAAAUGUGCCGUAAUUCUUUAAUCUCUGAUGAAUCAAACACACAACUACCAGCUUAAAUGUGUCCAAGAUGACACUAAAGCCCCUGAGUGAUUCUUGUUUUUGUUUUGUUUUUUGUUUUAUUUGCGUAGAUGAAUUUAUUGAUGUUGAAUUAUUUUGCAUGGGUGUGGCCUAAUAUUAUAAUGAGGAUUCUUCUGCUUCAAAAUGUUCCCAAAAUAUAGCUAGCAUGGUAAAGUUCGCCUGUUAACUAACGUCACUCGCUUGCUAGUUUGGUUUUGCUUUCUAGAUUAGUUUUUACUAUGACAGUCUUUCAUUUGGGAAUAGAUUUUCAGAUGCUAGGGUCAUUUUAGCCUUAAAUUUCUAAGUUAGCAGUUUCUGGUUAGAUUACGGUUUCAUUGCUAAAGCCGAGAUUAGCUUGUAUUUCUUAGGUCAGCAUUUGUUCUGCUGAUUAUUUUUUUUUUUUUUAAGAUAGCAGUUGCUAGCUAGAUUAGGUUUAUUUUGCUGUAUUAUAUUUGUCUUCCAAUGAUAGCUUUUGUUUGCUAGGUUAGCUUUUGCUAACAAUGUUUUCUGGUGACUAAAUUGCUCAGAUUUGAACGCGUACUUGUGAUAAAAGCUGUGUGGGAGAGAUGAGUGAGAUCAGCCUUGUAAUUGGUGCAGGGGAAAAAAAUAACACGUUUAGCCACGCCCUUUUAACAUUCAGUGCUUGAUUCUGUUACUGUCUUGUUCACUAGGUUGCUCACUGGGUUGAUUACUGACUUGCUCACUGAUUUGCACAAUGACUCUGUUACUGACUCGCUCACUAACUUAGUUACUGACUCACUCACUGACUCGCUCACUGACUUGGUUACGAGUGGGUGUUUUGUCUCCAGGUGUUUAGUUCCGAGUGUCCUGUGUUUAUACUGUGAUAUAACGUAGGUAUUGUGCUGAGUGUUCUCCUGUGAACACAUUGAGGCACUACUCUCCCAGAAGGCUCACCUCAGAGUGUGUGUAUGCAGGUGGGGCUCCACAUCACUCUUAUAAGUUCAACAUAUCACUACAUGGAACCGUGCUGUAUGUUCGUCUAUAUUAUUAUACGCUCAUUGUACCAGAAUGACUGAAAAAAGUAAUAAACAAAUUAUGAUUUAAUUGCUAA